CCUUCAUCUUCUUCACACCUCCAAACCCUCGCUUCAGAUCUAUCUUCUCUGCGUUCUUCCUCUUUGUAUAGACAAACGUAAGUAUCUCUAUCACACCCUACGACCAGCAAUUUCUCCAUUUCUCCUAUUCAUUAUCAUCUUUCUCUAAAUUCCAGAUACUCUGUUCAUAUUUCUCAAGCCGAGUUUAGAAGUUAUUGCGAUGGCCGCCAUAGAAGUUCUUUACCCACAAGAUCCUUUGCAUAAUCGAUCGAAUCGUCGACACACUAGUCUUGUCAACGCUCAUAUGAAGCCCAAGAGGAAUCCCUCUUCUAACCCUAACCCUAUUUCCAGCCGUGGAACUGGGAAGUCAGAUCGGCGGAAGCGCAGCCCUCAGAAGAACGGAUCUACUGAUUCCUGUAACAGCGGGGGUCUCAAUCUCUCUAAUUCUCCGCCGGUGAAGAAGGCAGCGAUGAGUAAUUUGAUUAUGGGCCAGGUGAAGAUAUUGAAACGUGGUGAGACAUUGACUAAUACGGCGUCGUUAGUAGUAGAGUCGAAGAAGGCUGAGAUCGAGCCUUUUGCUGAUAGUCUGGAGAAAGAGCUUGUGCUGUCAACCAUUAGCAGGCUUGGACCCGAGCCUGAGAGGAUGCUGAACGAGAUUAAGAUCGGUGACUUUUAUGCUGGAUUAUCUGUUGCUACUCCGCCUCCGCCCAGUUCUCUUCCUUUGCCUUCCUUCACCAACAAAAACAUCCUCGGACAAAGAAACGGUGAUGCUACCAGUGAUAUACGGCGCUUUCUGAGGCUGAACAUGUGUUGAUUUUCAUUGUGAAGAUGGUUUCUGUAGAUGGUUUAUGGAGAUCAUUCGCACUUGCAGUGAAGAUGAGGUGGUUCAGGUUGAAAGUUGGGUGAUUGCUUUGGUUUCGGGCAAAACUUCCCUUAUUUUUUCAAGGGGAAGGCCGAAUCAGAAUUGCAAUUCACUCAAGUCUCCAUCCAUGAAAAUUUCGCUCUCUACUUCUACAUUACGAGUCAGAAGAAGGCUACUAUUUAUUGUUCCUGUUUGGUUUGGUAAAUUGUUCGAAUUAAAUCAAUAGCUAUCGGUAGUUGAAGUUAAGGUCUUUCUUAUUACUACGUAUUAUCUUAAGUGUUGGGUAAAUGUUGGAAUAAUAAGUACAACUGACUUGUUGGUUGUAUUUUAGGAGUUGUUGUUGUCUUGCGUUGGGGAUAUGAUGCCCUCCACAUAGUAGUUAUGCAUCGUUUAUAAUGUCA